GCUGCCCGGGUCGCGUCUGGUGGCUUCGCUCGGGAUGGUGCGUGGCCGCCCGCGCUCCGUGUGCACCGGGGCACCGAGCCGCCUGCGCCGAGUGCCUGGCCCGGAGUGCAGCGCGCAGCGCCCAUGAGCCAGGGAGUUCCAAGAUGCUGCUUCAGACAUCUCAAAACUGAUCGCAAGGACUGAAGAACCAUCUUUAAGAGCUGAUAAUUGUCCUGAAAUCCUGACCAUGUCUAUUAUGGAUCACAGCCCUACCACUGGAGUGGUGACUGUAAUAGUCAUUCUGAUUGCUAUUGCUGCUCUUGGUGCCUUGAUAUUGGGCUGCUGGUGUUACCUGCGUCUGCAAAGGAUCAGCCAGUCUGAAGAUGAAGAGAGCAUUGUGGGAGAAGGAGAAACCAAAGAGCCUUUCCUUUUGGUGCAGUAUUCUGCUAAAGGACCUUGUGUAGAGAGAAAAGCAAAGCUGACUCCUAAUGGCACAGAAAUUCAUAGCUAACUUCGAGCAGCACAGAUGUGUAUUUGGACUACACUUAAGAUGUCUGUAAUCAGCAGAACUGAUACUGUGAAGAAGCUGGACAUACAUACUGCUCUCUCGUAAAAUACCUGGAGAGAAGACUUCAAAGUUAUGGUUUUGUUGGUUUGCCACUGCAUGCACUGAGAAACUAGACUAUCCAUCAAUCCUGUAUUUUAACUCCUUAGUGCUAAGAGGUGACUUCUCUGGUAUAAAGUCCAUUGCUGGCAAUGGACAUGCAGGGAUAUGCUGGCAUGAAAAGAUUAAUUGCAUUUUUGUUACUUGAAUGUUUAGCUGAGCCUAUUUUGAUGGAACUACUACUGUAAUGUGAACUACUUAAAACUGUGAACUGUAAAUAGGCUGCCAGGAGUUCUGGCUUUUUGUUAUCCAGCAUAUGGAAGUGGUAUGAAGUUAUUCUUAGUAACACACAUUUGGACUUCUGAGCCACAUGAUUACAGAUCGGAUGCCAGACCUUCAAAACCAAAUCUGCAGUUAAAGCCUGUUUCUGCGACGACAUUCUGAGUGAAUAACCAUAAAGACAGAAUGGUUGCUUUUUAGUUUUUGUUUCUAAACCUCUUAUGGGACUGAUUCAGAACACUUUCCCUGAAUGCAGUUCUCACUCACUAGCCAAUUCUGACAAUGCCAAAAGAACUGCUGCACAACCAAAUGAGGGGGAAAAUUAUAUGAGGAAAUAAGGCAUGUAACCAGAUUCAUUUUUCAAACUCCAAGAAAUGGAAAAAAAAAAAAAUUAAGAGAAAGAAAUGACAUUACCUGUUAUAAGGAAA